UAGUAAAAUCAGAUUCAUCUCUGAAAAGAAAAACGAGAAGAGAUCUCUCUAAUUGGCGCUCCUUUACUAAUAUCCCUUUUUUCCAUCUUCGGAUUCUUUUCAAAUCAAUAAGAAGUACAAAUCGGAGAUCCCUACAAAAUCCUCUCCACUGCUCACAAUUCCUUCUCCGAGAUCUACACAUUCUUUAACUCUCUUUCAUUCUUCCGAUAUCAAUGGCGACGAGAAGACGUACUUUGCUCAAGGUCAUUGUCCUCGGUGACAGUGGGGUUGGUAAAACCUCCUUGAUGAAUCAAUAUGUGCAUAAGAAGUUUAGUAUGCAGUAUAAAGCAACGAUUGGUGCUGAUUUUGUAACCAAGGAGCUUCAGAUUGGAGAAAAGCUUGUUACUCUACAGAUUUGGGAUACUGCUGGACAAGAAAGAUUUCAGAGUCUUGGUGCUGCUUUUUAUAGAGGAGCUGAUUGUUGUGCUUUGGUUUAUGAUGUUAAUGUGUUGAGGUCUUUUGACAAUCUUGAAACUUGGCACGAGGAGUUUCUUAAACAGGCAAGUCCAUCGGAUCCAAAGACAUUUCCGUUUAUAGUGCUUGGAAACAAGGUUGACGUAGAUGGAGGGAGCAGUAGAGUGGUCUCUGAGAAGAAAGCAGCUGACUGGUGUGCUUCAAAUGGUAAUAUUCCCUAUUUCGAGACCUCAGCAAAAGAAGACUUCAAUGUUGAUGAGGCAUUCUUAACCAUUGCCAAAACUGCCCUUGCGAACGAACAUGAACAGGAUAUAUACUUCCAAGGCAUACCCGAUGGAGUGACUGAGAACGAGCCAAAAGGCGGUGGUUGCGCUUGCUGAACCGCAGAUUUGAGGAUUCAUUUACAUUCGUUUUUUUGAUGCAUUCAUUGAAGGUUGGUGUACUCUUGAGUUGCAGAACGAUAAGCUUGCAGAAGCAAUUUUUCGCCAUUCCAUCAUAUAUUAAUUGAUUGGAGGAGUCUCUGUAUGAUCAAUCGAUUCUGCUGGAUAAAAAUUUUAUUUUUGGAAGAACCUUUAUUGCUCUCAAGUCUUAACCAUUAUGGCGAGAUAAAAACCAUUAUGGCGAGAUAAAAAUUAUGUUAUAUUAUGUCAGUUUGGGUUCACUCAUCUAUGAGAUGUUAUACUGCAUCUAUAUUUUUAUUUUAUUGGAGAUAUUGUGAAAUU